ACGAGGACUAUAUGAUACGUAAACAUUUCGGUUUAUUAUCUGGGUCGUGGUUAUAUCAACCUGUAUAUAUUUCAAAACACAAAAACGUAAAGUUCAUACUGUUUUACAAUGACUUCAGAAAUUACGGAGUUUUCAUUUGGGAAAGGUCAAGCAUGUCCGCCACUGAAGCCAGGGGUUUUGCGAUUAUACAGUAUGCGGUUCUGCCCUUAUGCACAGCGUACACGACUUGUAAUAGAACAUAAAGGAAUCCCAGUUGAGACAGUGAACAUAAACUUGAAGAGGAAACCAAAAUGGCUUUUCGACAUGAACCCUACUGGUGUAGUUCCUGUGCUACAGUGGAAUGAUCGCGUGCUAUAUGAAUCAGGCACAUGCAAUGACUAUCUUGACGAUGUAUAUCCUGAGCAGAAACUGAACCCCACUGAUCCAUACCAAAGAGCCAGGGACCGGCAGCUUUGGGAAUCCAUGGGCAAGUUGAUAAGCUCGUUUUACGAGGUGGGGCCGGGUGUACAGAAGAAAGACUACACGGCACUUGACAGAAUGUUGAGGGCUUUCGCUAGAUACGAGAAGGAACUGGUCUCUAGGGGAGAUGGGCCAUUCUUUGGAGGGAAGAAAGUGUGCAUGGCAGAUUUCAUGCUAUGGCCAUGGUUUGAGAGACUUCAGGUGUUAAAUUCUGUUGUACCAGAGACAACUAUAAAAGAUUCAAACUUCCCGCGUCUUGCGUCAUGGAUACGCCAUAUGUAUGAGCUUCCGGCUGUGAAGAAAACAAUGUUUGAUAAAGAUCACCAUGCACAUUUUAUGAAAUCAUUAAAAAUUGACAAAAAUCCAGAUUAUGAUUAUGGACUUGUUUCACCAGCACGACUAUAAUAGUCUGUUUCAUUAUAUAAGCGGAGAGCAGAUUAAAUUCAGAGACUGGUUAUCACAUGAUCAAACGGCUGUUUUAACAGGACAAUGAUUUGAAGGCUGCAUAGAAAUUAUGCUUACUAAAAGAUUUUUGACAUAUUUUCAUAAAAUAAUUUAUAUAAAUUUUGUAUAUAGAAUAGAAACAUUGCCAGUAUAAAAAUGUGUUUUAUGAAAAAAACAUGACAAAACAGCUACUAAGUGAAAUUUAUAAUGAAUGCCUGUCAAAGGACAAUCCUACUAGAAUAUAUUUAUUACUUUUUAAGUUUUCUAUUGAGCGUACUUAUACAUUAAUUUACAUAAUAUGGGUCAGUCCAUAUUGUAUGAUUUUCGUUUUUUUCUGUUCGUGAUUUGCGUGGAUCUGAUCCAUUGCUCAAAUUAAUGUAUACACUACCGUUUUAUUACUAAUGCGGGCGAUUUUCGAAAAGAAUAAAGAAUAAAAAUCCCUUCUAAAAAGGAAAUGCUUGACUAGUUGAGGAAAUAGUGUCCAGCAAAGACCUUUUUUUCUGGCUAGUUGGCGUCCGGUGCUUGAAAAUGUAUUUAUGUACAUAAUAUGCUGAAAAUACAAUAAACAAUUGAGGUUUAUUGUUAAUUCCAAUAUGCUUGUCUCUGUUAAAACACUCUUACGCUAGAAUGACGUCACGUUAACGUGCAAUGACGUCAAAGUUUUUGUUGCGACCAAGAACGAGCGCUUCUAUAUUUUUCUACUGUUUUAGAUUAAGGACAUAUUAGAAUCGAAACAAUUUAUAGCAAAACCGUGUUUUAACACUAUUUAUACACUCGGGCGGUAACACGUCGUACAAAUAAUUUCGCCCAUCGUGCAUAAAUAGUGUUAAAACACUUGCUAUAAAUUAUUUCUUUAUUAACACCCUAUUACACACUGAUGAGAUCAGCCACAACAUAAGCACAGAAAUUUGCGGCAAAAUUGUAUCCGCGAUACCCAUUUGACGUACGACAUCACUCCAUCGCCUCUGUCAAUAUUCCCUUCUUUUGGUAAAUAUCACAUCAUAUUCAAUGGCUGAAGAGUCAAUAAUUGUUUUAUUACAUCAAAAUUCCUUUUAAAUCUAAAAUGGUAUUAAAAUAUUUAACAGACAAAAACCUUAUACUUUUCAAUUUAAAAACUU